UAGAACCAAUGGGCGAUGCUUGAUUACAAUUUCGAAUCCGUUAUUAUGUGUUUGCUCUAGUUUUCGUUGUUUUUGAUGUUGAAACUGUUUUUCUUUAUCCAUGGGCAAUGAGUUUCGACAUAUUGGGGUUAUCCGUAUUUAUAGAAGCUUUAAUUUUCGUACUUAUCCUAAUUGUUGGUUCAGUUUAUGCAUGGAGAAAAGGAGCAUUAGAAUAGUCUUAGAACUUGAAUAUUCCGCAAAAAUAACGAAAAAAAAUAACAUUGAGACAGUUAUGAAUUCCAUUGAGUUUCCCUUACUUGAUCGAACAGGUAAAAUUUCAGUUAUUUCAACUACAUUAAAUGAUCUUUCAAAUUGGUCAAGACUCUUCAGUUUAUGGCCACUUCUUUAUGGUACCAGUUGUUGCUUCAUUGAAUUUGCUUCAUUAAUAGGCUCACGAUUCGACUUUGAUCGUUAUGGAUUAGUACCAAGAACUAGUCCUAGACAAGCAGAUCUAAUUUUAACAGCCGGUACAGUAACCAUGAAAAUGGCUCCUUCUUUGGUGAGAUUAUAUGAACAAAUGCCUGAACCAAAAUAUGUUAUUGCUGUUGGGGCAUCUACAAUUACGGGGGGGAUGUUUAGUACCGAUUCUUAUAGUACUGUUCGAGGAGUCGAUAAGCUAAUUCCGGUAGAUGUCUAUUUGCCGGGCUGUCCACCUAAGCCGGAGGCGAUUAUAGAUGCUAUAACAAAACUUCGUAAAAAACUAUCUCGAGAAAUUUAUCAGAAUCGAAUUAGGUCUCAACCGGGGAAUCGAUAUUUUACUACCAAUCACAAGUUUAAUAUUGAACGCGCUACUCAUACUGGAAAUUAUAAUCAAGGAUUAUUCUAUCAACCGCCGUCUACUUCAAAGAUCCCUCCUGAAACAUUUUUCAAAUAUAAAAAAAGGUCAGUAUCAUCCCAAGAAUUAGUAAGUUAGAGGAAGAGCUCCUUUGUACAGAAUAAUAAAAAA